CAUUGUAUAAAGUAUUCGUGUUAGCAUUGUUAGAGGCGCGAUUUGCUUAUAAAAUUGCAAUAAUGACCGAAGUGAGAAAGGACGACAUUGUAAAAAUUCUUCACACUUAUCCGUUUUGUAGAAAAUGCGAUAUGUCCGACGAAAUGAAACAGGAAGCGAUGGAAUUAUGUGUAACUGCAGCAGAAAAAUACGCAGACAAUUAUGAGAGCGUAUCUCGAAUGAUUAAGGAGACAAUGGAUAAAAAAUUCGGUGCAUCAUGGCACACUGUUGUUGGAGAAGGCUACGGUUUUGAAAUAACUUAUCAAUUGAAACACCUUCUAUAUAUGUAUUGUGCUGGCAAUUUGGCAAUAUGCAUUUGGAAAUCUGCAUAG